AUGAAUAAUUCAAGCACUAAUAAUUAUAACUCAACUACUAUUCACCAAAAUUCUACACAAAUCGACGGUAUUCUAAAUGAAAAUCUUCCGAACGACCAAUCUUUUUUCUGCACGAAACUCCUUGGCCAACGAUGUGGUACAAAUAUGAUAUUCAAAGAAAUUCAACCGAAUUCACUGUCUGAGAGUUUGGCUUCGAACAGCGAAAUUUGUUGGCUGCGAUGUCAAUGCGAAAAUGCAAAUUAUAUUAGAAAAGGUGAAAAAUGUGUUGAAAUUCAGCAACAACAAACAAAUAAUCCGACGACCAUUGGAUUAGAAAAAAAUUUGGCAACAAAUUCGAGCCAAACUCUCAAUUCGACUAGCAGUGGCACCAAGUUUUACGAGAAAUUUGUAUGUUUAAUGAUGCGAGGACAUAAAUGUGGAAUUCAUAUGGUAUUCAAAGAAAUUCAGCCAAAUGCCUUAUCAGAAAGCUUUUACUCAGACGAUGAAAUUUGUUGGCUGAGAUGCCAAUGCGAAAGUGAAAACUAUGUUAGAAAAGACGAUGAAUUUGUUAAAGUCGAGAAACAUACAGUUCCAACAAGUCUGACUACAGUGGAAAAUCAAUCAGAGGAAAGCCUAGCGGUUGGCUUAUGCGAAAGGGGAUAUUGCAAACCUAAUGCAAGAGUGAAUGACUUCUGCACGAAUGCCAAUAAACCUUGUGGAGUAAAUAUGAAAUUCGUUAUCAUUUUUCGCUUUCCACUUUUUCGGGGACAAUUUCGCGAAAUAUGCGAUUUAUGGUGUAAAUUUGAUGUUAAUAAUUUUGAUGAGAAAGAAGAAAAAUGCGUUUUAGCUUCUAUCAAUUACGAAGAAAAAAUUCACCACGUUUAA